AUGCAGGCAGCAAAGAAAGCAGUUGAGACCAUCAAAGAAACCGCCGCCAACAUUGGUGCUUCUGCUAAGUCUGGCUUAGAGAAGACCAAAGCCACCGUCCAAGAAAAGGGUGAGAUAAUGAGUGCAAGUGAUCCCAUGCAGAAGGAAAUGGCGACAGAGAAAAAAGAGGAGAGAAUCAACCAAGCGGAAAUGGAGAAACAGGAGGCACGUGAGUAUAACGCUGCGGUCAAAAUGUCUCACGUGACUGAGGGUCAUUCCUAUACCGCUACUGGGCCCACCAGUGUGACUGCUUCUGGAUACUCCAUCAUUGGUGACUAUGGAACUGGACAACCAAUGGCUACUGAUAACGUGUCAACGAUUCCGGGUAUUGGACUUGGGCUUGGAGCAGAUGUGAUAGGCUCACACCCGGUUGAGAGUAACACGGGUAUGGGUAGUACUACUGCUGAGGCCCAUGUUGUCCACGUGGAUGGAACUGUUCUAGGGGGUGGGCCUACUAAUUAUUAG